AUGCGCGAUCUCUCCUCGCUCCUCGCGAGCCGCGGCCUCGCUCACCUGCAGCCGACGCUCGACGAGGAGGCGCUGACGCUUCCGCUGCUGCGGAUGAUCUCCGAUCUCUCCUCUGCCCUCGCAGAGCUCGGCAUCUCGGAGGAGGACGCCGCCGCCCUCCAGCACGCGGUGCACGGGCCCGCCGCCGCCGCGUCGGCGUCGACCGGGACAGCGUCCCUCGCUCCGCCAGCCGGCGGCGGCGGCCUUCCGCCAGCCGGCUCGCUCCGGCACCUGCGAGUCGCGGUCGUUGGCCACAGCGGCUACUUUGCGGGCGACUCGUAUGGUGGCGCAACCCGCGCCAGCCUGGCCCUCAUCCGCGAGGCAUUGCGGCUCUGCGGCGGCGGCUCUGUCGACGUGUUGGCGCUCACUCCUAAGCCGCUGCCAGAGGGCCUCGUCUACGCGCUCGGAGUUGCCGCCGGAGCUGCAGGCGGCGGCGGCGGCGGCGGUGGCGGAGAUGGAGGCGGCGGCGGCGGCGGAGGCGGCGGCGGAGGCGGCGGAGGUGGAGGAGGCGGCGGAGGUGGAGGAGGCGGCGGCGCGGCGGCGCGGCGGCCGCUCGUUGCGCGGCACAGGUGGGAAGGCCACGACGUGCUGAUUGGCGCAGAGGCGGCGCUCGUGCAGGCUGCGACGCGGCGCCGCUCGUACGAUGUGGUGCUCUCCCUCUCCCUCGAGGCGCCGCUGCUGCAGCUUGCCGUUUGCUUGCAGUCGGACGCGCUGUACGCGAUGGGCCACGACGACCUGAUCCGAGGCCACAACUACUACCUGCCGCCCUUUGGGCCGCACCCGCCCGCCGACGGGCACGCGGAGCUGCUGCGGCGCGUCGACUGCAUCCUUUCGCCGUGCGAGCACCACUGCGCAUACCUCCGCCGCUGGGGGCCGCAGCAGCCACGCCUCUGCACACGCCCGCUCUGGGCAGCCAAGUACCACUACUUCCUAGACACUUCCGUGGACACCUCCGAGACACUUCCUGGAACUUCCGAGACACUUCCUAGACACUUCCCAGACACUUCCUAG